AUGAGUCAACUGCCGAAUCAAGCCUACUCGGAUACAAAUCAAGCCUACCCUGGUACAAAUCAGGCAUACUCUGAUACGAAUCAAGCCUACCCUGGUACGAAUCAGGCAUACCCUGAUACGAAUCAAGCCCACCCUGGUACGAACCAAGUCAACCCUGGUACGAACCAAGCCUACCCUGAUACGAAUCAAGCCCACCCUGGUACGAAUCAAGCCCACCCUGGUACGAAUCAAGCUCACCCUGGUACGAAUCAAGCCUACCCUGAUACAAAUCAAGCCUACCCUGGUACGAAUCACGCCCACCCUGGUACGAAUCAAGCUCACCCUGGUACGAAUCAAGCCUACCCUGGUGCGAAUAAAGCCUACCCUGAUGCAAAUCAAGCCUACCCUGGUACGAAUCAAGCCCACCCUGGUACGAAUCAAGCUCACCCUGCUACGAAUCAAGCCCACCCUGGUACGAAUCAAGCUCACCCUGGUACGAAUCAAGCCUACCCUGAUACAAAUCAAGCCUACCCUGGUACGAAUCAAGCCCACCCUGGUACGAAUCAGGCUCACCCUGGUACGAAUCAAGCCCACCCUGGUACGAAUCAAGCCUACCCUGAUACAAAUCAAGCCUAUCCUGGUACGAAUCAAGCUCACCCUGGUACGAAUCAAGCUCACCCUGGUACGAAUCAAGCCUACCCUGGUACGAAUCAAGCCUACCCUGGUACGAAUCAAGCCUACCCUGAUGCA